CAAAAAUUAGGAAGGGUUUUUUGAACCGAUUGUCGUGUGUGUGACUGAUCAAACCAAAGACGAUAAUUAUUAAAUUAAUAAAUAAACCUGCAUCCACACAGUAGCAUUUUCACCUUAAGGAAACAUGAAAGAACUGGAUUUUAUUCUUUGUUGUCAAUCGGUCUGAUGAGCACAUUAAUGCCAUCAGCAGAAUGUGAGAAGAUAAGGUUGGUUGGUCCUUCACGGUGCUCUGGUAGAGUGGAGAUCUUCUACACAAACAGCUGGGGAACCGUGUGUGAUGACUCAUGGUCCUUCCGGAACGUUGAAGUGCUGUGCAGAGAGAUAACUGGCACAGCUAUUGCAGCCAAAGGGGGCGCAUUCUUCGGACAAGGAAAGGAAUCUAUUUGGCUGGAUGAUGUGCGCUGUGAAGGUCAUGAAACAUCCAUCCUUAAGUGCACCCAUAAUCCUCUUGGACAAAAUAACUGCAAUCAUGGUGAAGAUGCCGGUGUUAUUUGUGCAGAACAUAUACGGCUGGUCAAUGGGACUAAUCGGUGUCAAGGCCGAGUGGAAGUCUACGUUGAUGGUCAUUGGAAAAGAGUGUGCCAAAAUGAAUUUGGAGAGGCUGAGGCAGAUGUGGUGUGUAAGGAGAUCAGUUGUGCGCUGCUGUUCUCUAACAUGCCAUACUUUGGUGAGGGACAAGCACCGAGUAGAGUGAAUGCCAAAUGCUCAGGAAAUGAGACUUCUCUCACAGAGUGCAAACUUCAUGAAUCCCAGGAAAUCUGCAAUGAUGCUGUUGUCACCUGUGAAUUCAGUAAAUCAAUUCGACUGGUCAAUGGAACUCAUAAGUGCUCUGGCAGAGUAGAAAUCCACCAUAAUGGAGAGUGAACAGUUUGCGAUGACAGAUGGGGAAUACAGGAAGCAGUUGUUGCAUGCCGAGAGAUGAACUGCGGAAACCCUAUAAACCACAAAAUUUUGCUGGACGAUGUUGAGUGUGCUGGUCACGAGAUGUCACUUUCUGAUUGCCCUCAUAAUGGCUUUGGAGAACAUAACUGUGACCACAGCGAAGAUGCUGGGGUGGUGCUCUGGCUUCCUCCCAAAUCCACAAACCUGCAGAUUAGAAAACAUCCGACUGACCAAUGGGACCGAACCGUUGCUCUGGUCGAUUGGAGAUUUCCACAAUGGUUAUUGGGGGAGAGCAACGUUUGCCAGAAUACGUGGAACAUAGCAGCAUCUACAAUAGUGUGCAAAGAACUCAACUGUGCACCUCCUAAAACAAGCUCUGUCAGUUUUGGCGAGAGUGAAUUAAGAGCAUUUAAAAGCGCAUGUUCUGGUGAUGAGAAGUCCAUCACCGAGUGCUCGCUUCAGGAAAGCCCCGUGAACUGUGAAGGGGUCUCUCUUUCAUGUGGAGGUAAUUUGCCUUUGAGGCUCAUCAAUGGCACUGACCAGUGUUCCGGCAGGGUGGAAAUCCUGCACAAUGGCAUGUGGGGAACAGUGUGCGAUGACGAGUGGGACCUCACAGAUGCAGAGGUGGUGUGCAGAGCAAUGGACUGUGGAACGGCUCAGACGGCCAAGUCUGGUGCCUUCUUUGGCGAAGGCCAUGGUGACAUCUGGCUCGAUGACGUUAACUGCUUCGGAAAUGAGACUUCCAUUCUGCACUGCAAGCACGCCACUUUGGGACAAAACAACUGUGGCCAUGGAGAAGAUGCUGGUGUGGUGUGUACAACUUCCAUUAAACUGGUCAAUGGGACGAGCCAGUGCUCAGGCAGGGUGGAGGUCCACUAUGGUGACCGCUGGGCACCAGUGUACAAUGUUAACUGGGGAAGGAGUGAAGCUCAAGUGGUGUGCAGAGAGAUGAACUGUGGAGAUGCCGUCAUGCCGUCAGCGUCGUUCGGACAAAAAGGCGAGCUGAGCGGUUACACAAGCAGCUGCAGCGGUCAGGAUCGUGCCGAAGAAACAUCUCUCACAUGUACAGGUAACGUAAAGUUGGUGGGUGGGCAUCAUCGUUGUGUCGGAAGAGUGGAGUUCUUGCAGAACAACCAGUGGAAGACUGUGUGUGGGCAUGCCUGGGACACGAAGGCAGCAGCGGUGGUGUGCAGACAGACUAACUGUGGCACUGUUCACAAGAUGACCAACACCGAUGAGUUUGGCACAGGACACACAGGCAUCAAUCAGUUUGAAUGCAGAGGCCUUGAGUCCACACUCGGUCAGUGUCUGCAAGUCCAAGUGCAAGGCAGAACGUGCAAUGUCACCUCAGUGGCAGGUGUUAUAUGUUCAGAUAGCCUGGAAGUCCGGUUAAGAGAGGGUAAUCAUCAAUGUACCGGCAGAGUUGAGGUCCGCCAUGGUGAUCAGUGGGGUACACUUUGUGACGCAGACUGGACCACAAGUAAAGGUGAAAUGGUGUGUCAGAUACUAGAGUGUGGCCAAGCUGUGAGAACUCCUGGUGGCGCCGAGUUUGGACGUGGCGUUGGCUUGGUACUUCAGGCAACAGACUCGUGUUUUGGCAAUGUCUCGUCUAUCCAGAAAUGCUCCCAUACAGGUUUCACUGCAGCAAGCUGUGGACAUGAACGCGACGCUGGCCUUAUAUGUGCAGCCCAGAUUCGUUUGGUCGGCUCGUCGACUCAGUGCUCCGGUCGGGUGGAGGUCUUCCACAAAGGCCAGUGGGGAACUGUGUGCGAUGAUGAGUGGGAAGUAGUUGACGCCGAUGUCGUGUGCAGGCAGCUAGGAUGCGGCCAUGCAAUCGCUGCACCAAGAAAUGCACACUUCGGGAUAGGAAGUGGUCCGAUAUGGCUCGAUAAUGUUGAAUGUGCAGGUCAUGAGUUUGCUGUCUCACAGUGUCAACAUCCCGGAUUUGGCGAAAACAACUGCGGACACAGCGAGGAUGCUAGCGUUAUCUGCAUAGGUGGUCUGCAAAAGCCCCAUAUUACGCUUUCUCCCGGUUCCAAGGUCAGCUGGGGUGAAAAGGUUGAAAUCACCUGCAGUGUCGCGACACAACAGUUGGGCGGACAUAUUUUUCCUGAAGAAGACAUCUGGCUCGUUCCAGAUGGAAAAACCCUCUGA